AUGGACACUCAAGACGCUCUCGGCGCAUCGCCGCCCGCUCUCGAACCGCCCGGUACCAGGCAGGUCGACAAUGCCAUUCGCGCCAUCCAGCACAAGAAGCCCGUCCCCACCAUCGACUUCUCCAUCCACGCCAUGGACGAUGGCACCCAAGUCAGCACCAAAGAUCGUGUCUGCAAAGACGUGCAACCGCCCGCCUGGGAACCUCUCACCGACGAGCAAUUUUAUCAUGACGAAGCGCGCACGAAGCCCAACCUAAAUCUCCUAAAAGAUCACCUCUUCAGCGAGGGCCGACUUACCGAGGAGCAGGCGCUCUUCAUCAUAAAGACUGGCUCCGAACUGCUCCACGCCGAAAGCACUCUGCUAGACAUCGAGGCGCCCGUGACCAUCUGUGGCGACGUGCAUGGCCAAUUCUAUGACCUUGUCAAGCUCUUCGAGGUUGGCGGCGAUCCAGCGACGACACAAUAUCUCUUCCUGGGCGACUAUGUUGACCGUGGCUACUUUAGCAUCGAAUGCGUCUUUUACCUCUGGUCCCUCAAAAUCCAUUAUCCCAACACCUUUUUUCUACUCCGCGGCAAUCACGAGUGCCGACAUUUGACCACCUACUUUAGCUUUAAGCAAGAGUGCGAGCACAAGUACUCCAAGACCAUAUAUGAUGCAUGCAUCGAGUCAUUCUGUAAUUUGCCGCUUGGCGCCACCGUCAACAAGCAAUUCCUCUGCAUACACGGCGGGUUGAGUCCCGAGCUGCAAACACUGGAUGACCUGCGAAAGCUUGAUCGCUUCCGCGAACCCCCAACCCAGGGUUUGAUGUGUGAUCUCCUUUGGGCAGACCCCGCAGAAGAUUUUGGCGAAGAGACGAAUACCGACUUCUUCCGCCACAACGACGUCCGCGGAUGCUCAUACUUUUACACCUACCAUGCUGUAUGCGAUUUUCUCAAGAGGAACAACCUUCUCUCCGUCAUCCGAGCCCACGAAGCACAAGAUGCCGGUUACCGCAUGUAUCGCACCAGCCAAAACACUGGCUUUCCCAGCGUCAUAACACUGUUCUCAGCGCCAAACUACAUUGACAUGUACAACAACAAGGCAGCUGUGUUGAAAUACGAAAACAAUGUCAUCAAUAUUCGACAGUUCAACCAUACACCACAUCCAUUUUGGCUUCCUAAUUUUAUGGAUGUGUUCUCAUGGUCACUACCAUUCGUUGGCGAGAAAAUGAUGGAUAUGUUGAUUGCCAUUCUCAGCAUAUGCUCCGACGAGGAGCUCCAAGAAGACACAGCCUCGAAUUCUCCCAGCGCCGCUACUCCCGGUAGCCAGGAUCCAGAAUCACUCGAGUUCAGGAGACGGGCACUCAAGAAUAAAAUUCUUGCCAUUGGCCGACUUUCGCGCGUUUUCAGCGUACUACGAGAGGAAUCAGAGGGAGUCACAGAGCUCAAGUCUGCAUCUGGUGGUCGCCUCCCUGCCGGGACCCUUGUGCUCGGUGCCGAAGGUAUCAAGAACGCCAUCCAAGGCUUUGAUGCCGCUCAGCAAGUCGACUUGAAGAACGAAAGACUGCCUCCAUCCGCCGACGAGGUGGAGCGGCAGACAGAAGAGGAGAGAAAUCGCGCCAUGGCCCAAGCUAUGAAGGAGGCGGAUGGCGACAAGAAGCUCCAGGCUCUCUCGAGGAAGCUUAGCGUGGAACGAAAAUGA